UCGAGAACCAGUGUGAGCCCGUUUGCCGUGAACACCGACUAUGUCGUUCAGAACAUAUAACGCCUUGUGGGCAGACGCUCAGGACGACUUGGGUGUCGUCCUCGAAAAAGAUCAGGAACUUCAUGGGACUUUCCACCAAGACCAACGCGCUGAUGUCAUCCACCGGCUGAAGCGUGUCUACGUGCAAUACCUAGGAGUCGCCCGCAAACUGGAUACCUGCUACGACCUCCUCCUGCACCCUCAGAAGCGCCUCCUCCUUCGGCGUCUGCUCGACAGCAUCAUCAGCAGGGUAGUGGAAAUGAAGCACGAGUUGGUCGCGCUGGACCUGAGCGACAUCCAGCACUGCGACGACAUCAUGGUGGAACUUGGCCUGACGCCCGAGGACAUGGAGGUGCCCAUUCCCACCUACAUCAGGAGGGAGAGAGCCGAACUCAUUAACGAGCGGAACAUUUUCAUAGACGACUGCCUUCGCCGAGCUGGACUGGAAGCAGUGUCAGAGGAUGAAUUCUCUCCUCUGACUGUCUCGGAAGCGAUCCUGCUCCUUCAGAAGCACGAGAGAGCCAAGCAAGGCCGCGCCAAAGCCGACCACCGCAGGGACAUGCUCGCAAAACAGGAACGCGAGCGAGGGCGCGGAAGGCAGCAGAUGUCCAUGGAGGCAGCUGUAGUGAAGCUGCAAGCAGUGACCCGAGGCAUGCUGGCGCGCCGUAUCGUGAGGGAGAUGAGGUACCAUGAAGAGCUUUUCCUCGGCCUGCGCCCAGACCCGAGCCUGGACCGCAGCUGGGGGUCCAAGCUGGAGAAAGUGAAGCAGGCGAGGUACCGGGCGCAGGAGGAGAGGAAGAAGGAGCUCGAGGAAACCGAGAAACGCAUUCAGACGAAGAUCAUCUACGAGGAAGGGGCGCAUCUCCUCACCACCAUGGAAGACAAGAUCAGGGAAUGGAUGUUCAGCAAAAAACACGAGACAGGCAAGUUCCCCGACCUUCCUGACGAAGAGGAGGGAGGGUCUUCCAGCAUCGUGGGAAUGGCGAGGCCCGACGACGACAUGGCCAGUGAGGACGCUCGGUCUAUUGAGAAGAAAAGCGAGCGUGAAAAGGCGCGAGAACAAGCGAAGCAGAAGAAGAAGAAGGAGGAAGAGGAUCGGUCCAUCAGCCUUAAGCCUUCUAGUUUCGUUAGCGAUAUUCAGUCGUCGUGUGAGAAGUACCAGGACGUGUGGGUAGUGAGGGAUAUCGAGAGGAACCCGAAGGAGCAUCCCGAGAAGGACAUGAUCGAGACGGAGCAAAGGGCAAAGGUCGAAGUCGAGAUCAGGAGACAAGUGGACUAUCUCAUGAGGCAAGAACUGCAGCGUCUCAAGGAGGACGUGGAGGGCGAGAAGCGAGGCGCCAAGAAGAAGAAGCGAGUGAAGAAAGGCGGAAAGAAAGGCAGGAAACGGAAGGAGAAGGACCUGACUCCGGACCGAACAACAGAGUCCUUGUUCGAGGAGCUGGUUCUUAACGGUAUUAUCAAGAAAGUUCCUGAGGUGCGACUGAAGGACAUCUACGGUAGCAUCAACCUCGUCGGGUCGGACGUGGUGACCAAGACCAAGUAUCCUCUGCCAGCUCUCGGGGACAUCAAAAACAUCCUUGCCGAAUACGUGGUGCUCCCCCUUGGUGUGCAGGCAGUGCAUGAGCAGGUACAGCUGGUAAGAAGUGUCCUGGUGUGUGGCCCGCGAGGCUGUGGGAAAACAAGUCUCGUGCACGCGCUGGCUUACGAGGCCGGGGCUACGCUCAUGGACCUCACGGCUACCAAUAUUGUAGGGCGUUAUCCUGGCAGGGCUGGCCUUAACAUGCUCACGCACCUUGUCAUGAAGGUGGGGCGACUGCUGCAACCCACGCUCGUGCUCAUCGAUAACGCCGACAAAAUGUUCCUGAAGAAAGUGCCGAAGACGGACAAGUCAGACCCGCGGCGCCUGAGGAAGGAGAUGCCGCGUAUGCUGAAGAACAUCGGACCCGAAGACAGGAUUGUUGUUGUAGGAACCACCAAUGCCCCUUGGAACUGUGACGUCAAGUCCAUGUCGUCGGUUUACCAAAAGAUGCUGAUGGUGUAUCGGCCGACGUAUGGCGACCGAGCGAAUCUCUGGAGGCAUCUCAUAACGAAGAACGGAGCACAGCUGUCUCCUCGGAUGGACAUCGGAGGUCUUGCCCGGAUAACCGACGGCUUCACUACUGGUCAUAUUUGCAGCGUCGUGAGUCAGGUAGUCACAGAACAGCGUCUCGCCAAGCAAGAUAAAUCACCACUGACAGCGGUUGAAUUCGUGGUGCCCUUGAGCAAGAUAGAACCCAUCUACAAGGAGGAAGAGGAAGCGAUGCGGGCGUGGUUCCAGAAGACGCCCAUCAUGAAGAAGAGAGGCAAGAGUCUGGAGGAGGAGCUGGAGGCGAUGGGCCUGAAGGGGAAGGGCGGCAAAAAGAACGAACCCAAAAAGAAGUCGAAGGGAAAGAAAGGAAAGAAGAAGAAGAAAUAGAGUGAUAAUGAUGGAGUGAAAAAAGCUUCAAAGGAAGUCCAUUAUUGAUAUUGGUAUUAAGGUUACUUAUACGAAUCAUAAAAAAAAUUCUGGGCUUAUGUACCGAGAUGGUAUCAUACCCAUGUCUUCCAGGAAAUUAUGCCAGCUUGGUAUACAACUAUACACAAGCAUCAUACAAUAAAAUACGAAAAAAAAAUAUUAUUUGAAAAAAAGACACGACGUUCUUUGUUGUUUGUUU